AUGACUUGCAUACAGGUCUGUCUCCUCUCCUACGGCUACUUCCAAGAGCUCAUCAUGACCGGGACGUGGGGCAACGACAAGAUCGGCGGCACUCAGAUCAGCUCUCUCUUCCUCGUCAUGUGCAACCGCAUCACGUCGAUGGGCAUCGCCGUGCUCGCCAUCAUGAUCAAGAGGGACACGCUGAUGCCCGCGGCGCCGCUUACGGCGUACUGCGCGAUCGCUUUCUCGAACAUGAUGGCGACGACGUGCCAGUAUGAGGCGCUACGGUACGUGAGUUUUCCGACGCAGACGCUGGGAAAGACAGCGAAGAUGAUACCGGUCAUGAUAUGGGGAACAUUUCUUGCUCGAAAAAAGUAUAAGCUAAAGGACUAUCUGGUGGCAGCGGGAGUGACGACGGGGACAACUUUAUUCUUGCUGACGGGGCCUGUAUCGGCGAAGCACUCGAAAGACUCGAGGACGACGGCGAUGGGAGCCGUGAUCAUGGCGAUGUAUCUGUUCUUUGACGGCUUCACGUCGACGGUACAGGAGCGGCUGUUCAAGGACCGUAAGCAGGUGUCGACCUGGAACCAGAUGCUGUACGUUGGGCUGCUGUCGGCGUUGGUGACGGGCUGGGGUCUCAUGGGGGAGGAGGAGUACCGCCGUACGACGCGAACUUGUGCAGGAGGAGGAGGAGGAGAGGAGGGGGCGGGAGAGGCUGAGAGGGGGGAGCAGAUCUUCAUCCUGCUGAUGAUCCGAGACUUCGGGGCGCUGCUGUUCGCGACGGUGAUGACGACGAGGCAGUUCCUGUCGAUCCUGCUGUCGUGCAUCAUCUUCCUGCAUCCGUUGUCAGGGGGGCAGUGGGUUGGGACGUGUCUUGUCUUUGGGUGCCUUUACAUGAAGACAGCGUUCCAUGUCUGGAAGAAAUGA